AUGGCACAUCUUCCUGCCUCUGACCUUGUCUCGUUCCCUCGCUCCGCCAGGCGGAAGAAGCUGCGGUUCCACCCGCGCCAGCUCUACCUCUCCGUCAAGCAGGGCGAGCUGCAGAAGGUGCUGCUGAUGCUGCUGGACAACCUGGACCCUAACUUCCAGAGUGACCAGCAGAGCAAGCGCACCCCACUGCAUGCUGCCGCGCAGAAGGGGUACCUCGAGAUCUGCCACGUGCUGCUGCAGGCUGGCGCCAACAUCAAACGCGGUGGACAAGACCGGCGGCGGACGGCCACUCAUGGAGGCCGUGGGAGCAACCAGGUGAGACGGCGCGAUCAUUGUCACGCUCGGCGGCUGCGCACAGAAUCACCUCGGUUCCGUUCUAUCGGCAAGCAGUGGCGCGGCCGGGAAGCGCGCCAGAGCGGACGGCGGGAUUCUCUGCGCAAUCACAACACAGUUUCCCCCAGGAAGGAGGAUGCAGUUCAACUGCCUCCAUCACGCCAGCAAGAGGAAAACAUCUGCCUGCAACUGGGCUCCUUCCAGCGCGCAGACGCGGAGAUCGGCCGAGGUCCUGCCUUGAUACGCACGUGUCCGGACCUGAUCACGCAGUGA